GUAAUGAUGGAAUAAUUUGCAUUUAAUUAAAUCAGAGAGAAUGCAGACCUUUUAAGUCACACUUGUCUUUGUCCAUCCCAGAAUAUUUUCUACUCCCACACCGAUGGACAAGCUUUUCGACUUAGAUCCCGCAGAGGCAGUGAGACAAGCGUCCGCCUUGCUUGGCUGCAGCCCGACCUCCAAGAACGUGGCUGAUUACUUUGACAAACACGACAAACUGCGGCAUUUCAGGGGGAACUUUCUGGUGCCCAAAAUCGCAGAUUUGCCGCCCUCUGAUCUCUCGCUGGUGGAUGGAAGCGAAGAAUGCAUCUACCUGUCGGGAAACUCGUUGGGUCUUCAACCCAAAAAUGCCCGGAAAUAUAUCGAAGAGGAGCUGGACAACUGGGCUAAAAUAGCGAUUCAUGGUCACACUGUCGGCCCGAGGCCUUGGGCGUGGGCUGAGAACAACAUUGAGCAUCUCAUGGCAAAUGUUGUGGGAGCUAAAGAGGAGGAGGUAGCGCUGAUGAAUGGCCUGACGGUUAAUCUGCAUCUUUUAAUGCUGUCUUUCUACAAACCAACUCAAACCAGGCAUAAAAUCCUCCUGGAGGACAAAGCCUUCCCUUCAGAUCAUUAUGCCAUAGAGUCUCAGAUCCGCCUGCGAGGAUUUGAACCCCAGCAAAGCAUGCUGCGGCUGUCUCCAAGACAAGGAGAAGACACCCUGAGAACCGAGGACAUCCUGGAUAUAAUCGAGAAAGAAGGAGACAGCAUCGCCGUUGUGAUGUUCGCCGGCGUUCAGUUCUACACGGGUCAGCUGUUCGACAUGGACGCCAUCACGAAGGCUGGCCACAGAAAGGGCUGUUUUGUUGGAUUCGACUGCGCGCAUGCAGUGGGAAACGUUGAGCUGAAGCUGCAUGACUGGGGAGUUGAUUUUGCGUGCUGGUGCUCCUACAAGUAUCUGAAUUCAGGUGCUGGUGGUCUCGGCGGGGCGUUCAUUCAUGAAAAACAUAAAGAUACCAUCAAACCAGCGCUGUUAGGAUGGUGGGGACAUGAGCUGAAGACUCGCUUUCAGAUGACCAACGUGAUGGAGCUGCAGCCGGGAGUGAGCGGCUUCAGGCUGUCAAAUCAGCCCAUUCUUCUCGUCUGCCCUCUACAGGCCAGCUUAGAAGUGUUCAACAUGACGAGCAUGCAGAUGCUGCGGAGGAAGUCUGUACUCUUAACAGGGUACCUGGAGUACCUGAUAAAGCACUACUACUCAGAGGACCCGGCCCAGCCUCACAAACCCUACGUCCGAAUCAUCACGCCCUCUGACCCCCGGCAGAGAGGCUGCCAGCUGUCGCUCUCCUUCUCCAUCCCCAUCAGGAGAGUCUACCAGGAGCUGGAGAGGAGGGGGGUCACUUGUGACAUGAGGGAGCCCAGCGUGCUGCGAGUGGCCCCAGCACCGCUCUACAACUCCUUCAGGGAUGUGCAUCGCUUCAUCGAGACGCUGGGAAAGGCUCUGGCUGCCAGCAGCAGCUAGGACCUGAAAGAAGAGAAGAAAACUGCCUCGUCACAUCCUGCAUGUGCUGAAAAGUCCUGCAGACAUGCCCCCGACUUUUGAAAUGUGUAAUUAAAACAAUGACAAAACACCUCUUGUUGAUCAUGUUCUUCUGUGGUUGAGAUUUAACACCGAAGUUAUAAUAUAAAGACAAAUUUUAAAGGUUGAGAAGAACGCCGAACUCUCCAUAAUGUG